AUGAUUGCCACGGCAAUAGGUCUGAUCGGGAACUGCAUGGUUUUAGUUUUAAUGAGAGAGGUCAAAUUUUCCCUGUUAUCUUAUCCAGUGUAUUUGAGAUUUCUGGCCGUGUCAGACAGUGCAGUUCUAGUUACAUCUUGCAUACACGAGUCUUUAAGAUUCUUCAAAUCAUUUUAUCUUCUGUUCUCGCCCUUGGAUUUCUGUGAUGUUUGGAGAGUUAUGAGGUUCAUAGUUGGUCUGUUAUCACCAUGGUUGCUCGUUGGACUGACUCUGGAUCGUAUAUUUUGUGUUGUUUUUCCGCUGAAACGCGAUCAGUUCUGCACACGAAGAAAGGCCAUGAUCGUCUGCUCGUGUCUGACGUUUUCUUCAAUAGCGCUGACGCUUCCUCUUUUCUUUGACACAAAGGUUGUAAAAGGACCACAGGAGGCAAUCUGCUUUCCAGGUGAUAAGCUUGUGAGUUACUAUGUUUUUCUACGACUACUUUUCAACUCUCUCCUCCCCUGUCUGUUGAUUCUUGUCUUCACCGUGGUGAUUAUAAUCCGCAUCAAGCGCAGUGCCACUUUCAGAAAGAGAUUUGCCUCCACCAGCUCUCGCUCUAGAGAUCGCACCCAGAACAAGUCACUUCGACCGGUCAUGCUGAUAUCCAUACUGGCUUUCGUGACACUCCUUCCGUCAACUAUCUCAGACAGCGUCAUUUUGAUCCUGAUGGCAUUUAAAUUACAUUUCAAAACAUUGAUCUUCUUCACAGAAUUGUGGCCCGUGUUUAACAUUUGGUACCUGAUAAACUUCGGACUGAAUUUCUACAUCCUGAUGUCGAGUUCAAAUUAUAGGAAGAUUAUGAAGAGUAAGUUGAACUGCACGAAUGUCCCCACACGAAAUGAGAAUAUUCCAGUGGCAACAAGGUCAGUCAACGUUUCAGACAUCAGUAAAGAUGUCACACAGUCUUGUACAUCUCAACAUCAGCUACCUCCUCUUACUAUCAAGUCUAAUGAACCGAUUUCUCGGGAAUGUGUAACCGUCACAAGAAUUCAAGUUAACGUUGCUGACAAUGUGGAUAUCAGUGAAGAUGUCACAUAA